AUGGGAUAUCUUGUCCAUACUGUAGUCCCGGAAAUGUUCUGGAAGGAAUAUGGCCUUAACAAACUUGGAGUUUUACUCCAUCCAAUCUCAGUUUGCUGUGGUGCAUUUGGUUCACUUUAUGUUGUGGAUUACUCCCUUGGAUCCCUUUUUCAAGUCAGGCUUCAUAACCCUGCAGACGUCCAAGUCCUAGCCAGGGAUAUUUUAAAUCCAACAUGUGUCAUCUACGAAUCGAGUGUUAUCUUUGUCGCAGAAGAAGAUAGUCUGUCAUAUUUGGACGUCGGUAACGUUGUGAAAUUAAAUCCCAAAGCACUGAAAAAGCCUCGGCUACAAGAAGAGCUCCGCAAGCGCGGCCUGCUCGGCCAAGACGAGAGAGUAUCUGUUGCUGAAAUGAGGUCAAUGCUUUCUGAGUGGAUUAUGGAGAAUCCUCCUGCAUCUCCAAAAAGUAAUGGAUUAAUUUCACUUCUAGACGAUCUCAGUCCUUUGGCCUUGUGCUCCAACUAA